AGUAUACUGUAGUAUGCGAAAUCUGCGAUUGAUUUUGUUAAGCUUUACUUACAACCGCCGCACCCUGUCUUUAAUAGAAGUAACGUAAAAUAUGGUUAACAGUACGAAAACGUACAAGGCUAUCAAGUACAUUUUGUUUGUCGGCUGUUACUUAUUUUGGGUCUCUAGUGCUAUUCUAAUUGCAGUUGGCGUUUAUGCCAAAGUUGCCAAGGAGGGAGACGUUGUGGACUCUCUGACCGCUGACCCAGCCCUGUUAUUCAUUUGCAUCGGCUCUCUCAUGUUCACGGUCACCUUCUUCGGAUGCUUUGGGGCACUACGUGAUAAUGUUCGUCUUCUUCAAAUUUUUGUAGGGAUCUUGGUAGCUAUUCUUCUUCUUCGGAUAUCAGCAGCUGUGUUGGGAUUCAUAUUCUCUGACUUGGUACUGGAGAGGACAGACUUAUUGAUAAAAACUGGAAUUGAGAAAUACCGUGAUGACCUGGACCUGGAGAACAUAAUAGACUUUGUCCAAAAAAAGUUCCAGUGCUGUGGGGGCCAUUCCUACAGAGACUGGUCUUACAACGUGUACUUCAACUGCUCCAAGACCAACCCAAGCGUAGAGCGUUGUGGUGUGCCAUUCUCUUGCUGCAUACAACAAAAGAAGAAGUCAGUACUUAACACCAUGUGUGGCUAUGGGACACAGCAGGAAGUCAGGGCAGGGCAGAGCAUCUACACCACCGGCUGCCUGGAUAAAAUCACCAAGUGGGGAGAGCAGAAUCUCCUGCUCUUGGCGGGAAUGGCUGCGGGGCUCCUCUCUUUGGAGGUCAGGCAUGUUCUAGAUGAAGGAUAUGUAUGGUCUCCUUGGCGGCAGCCCUUAUACACCAAAUCAAGUUGAAGAUGACAAAAGAAAUGGAAAAAUAACCUCCUGACACCCAAAAACAUAAUCAUGAGAAGAUGCCUGUCUGUAGCAUAUAAGGAAUCUGUAUAUCCACAGGAUUGUACUCAAAAGAGCCACUUGUGUAUUUAACAUGACCGUCACUGUUGUGACCAUGUGCCAGAAUGGCAGAUCCAUUCAUAUUAGUGAAUUAUGGCCUGCUAACAGUGAGCGAAUUGCACAUGCAGUUUCUGCUGACUAGGUGAUUCAGUUCUUAUUGUGAUUUCCAGAACAUUGUUUUGUAUGAGUCACUCUGUGUGUCUUUCUUUGAUAUUGUAUAUCUGCUGGUUUUUCUAUUCAUUUCCUUCAUACAAAUCAUACUACUCAAAUGUAUUAUUUUAUGUAUUUACAGAAUUUUCUCUGCUU